AUGUCUUUACCACCUAUCAACCCCGACAGGACCGCCUCUGGGAUUAUAGUUGAUCCGAGGACAUUGGAGAGGGUGAUUCCUCAAUCUAGGCGGAAAGAUGGGACAGUUCGUAAAGAGCAGAAAGUUCGACCUGGUUUCACUCCUCAAGAGGAUGUCGGACGAUUCCGAUCCACCCGUCAGGCAGCUGAAGAUGCCCGAGCGGCCUCCCGACCUACCAUCCCUGGAUCCGACCGUUUAGGAUCCCAGGCGAACAAAGGUGGAAAGGAGGAGAAUGUAUUUGCUAGUGAAACUAGAGAAAAGACCAAAGCUCAAUUGAAGAAUGAAAAGAGGAGGGAAAAAAGGAGAGAGAAAGUAUCUGUUAAUUGGGAUGAAGAUGAUGAUGAGGAUGAAGACGUUGGUAAAUUAGAUGAAGAAUUUAAAAAGGUUGAUAUUGCCAGACAACAAGGGGCGGAACAGAGUUUCCCACCUUUAGAAGGAGGUGGUGGAGUACCUGAAGAAAGUAUUUUAGAUAAUAUCAAAUCCAACGAGGAUGAAGAGAAAAGUGAUGGGAAAACAGCUGCUAUCGAACCUUCUCCACCUGCUCCAUCGGGAUCUCAACCUGAAACUGCCUCGGAACAGAAAACUACCACGGAUAAACCUUCUUUGUUGAAUGAUAGGAAGAACGAAGUCCAACAAGCUCAAAAACCACAUCCUAUUCAAGGAGGUAGGAAAGGACCUAUUGGAUUGGCCAAUCCACCUCCUUUAGAAGAAAAAAGUCAGGCAUCACCAUCACGGGCGGAUCAGGAUGAUUGGAGAACUCAAACUCGUAAGAAAUCGAAUAAUCACAAUAGUAAUAGAGGCGGUAAACAGAAUCAAGGCAACAGACCAGCAAAUACGAAUAGACCGACUCAACCUUCUGAGCCGUCACCUCAACCUAGGGAACGAAAGGAAUACAAGGUGCGAGAAGGAGGAGCGAACGAUCUGUCGUCUUUGGCAAGUAGGGUGAAGAACCUUGUUGUGGCUAACACGGUGGGGAACGCCUCGAGGGAUUAUAAGGACAAGAAGGAGGAGAGAAAAGCUUCGGCUUAG